AUGGAAUUGUUAAAUUAUGCUGCAACAGUAAUACAAAAAACAUUCAGAGGUUUCUUAGCAAGACAAGCCAUAAAGUAAAUAAGAAGAUUAAACUAUUUUUCAUCAUUUGGUAUAAAUAUAAUAAGAAUUAGACAAUCAUAAUGAAUAUGGGUUUUGCAUAUAACCAUAGAAAUCUAAGAAAUCAACUCGUAAUACUCAAUCUUUGAUUUAACCAACAAAAAGAAUGAUCAGAAGCAGCAUUUGCAUUUAGAAAUUUUAUCGAGGAUACAUGAGUAGAAAAUAUGUUUGCAAUUUUUACAGAUUGAAAUAGAUAGUAUUAUUUUUGGAAGGACACAUUCAUAAUUUUUUGAGGAAAGUAAGACGUAUGUGAUAUUAGAGAAUUUAAUAAAGGAAAAGCAACAUAAAACAAUUGAUGGCAUAAUGUUACAAUUUUCAAACACAAUGUAAAUCGAUUGCAAAAGGGAGAUAUAAUUAUAGUAAAUACAUGAAUCAGAAACAAUUUGAUGAAAUAAAUGGGAUAAUAUUUACUUCGUUUUUACAUUUGAUGAUACCUAAUUUUGAGAAGCUGAAUUCUGAUUAGAAAUCACAUUAUGUAGAUUAAGUUUUAGGAGUGGUUCAAUCAGUACCUCCAAGAAAGACAAUGGCGACUUAGAUUAGUUCUAAGACUCCUUUGAAGUAGAGACAUAUUAUUUAGAAUGUGAGUGUAUUAUCUUCUGAAGUAAUGACAAGUAAUGGUAGUUGUACUUCUAGUAAUAAAUCUAAAUCAAAUUUGACAAAUGAAGAAUUUAAAUCAAUUUUAUAACGAUAGAAUAAGAAAGUGAAAUGA